CAGUCCUCUGUAGCUCUGGAAAGUUCGUAGAGUGAAGAGUCGCUUCAGUUUCCAGCGGCGGGGCGAUUGUUAUAUAAACGCCUCUCACAGCUCGUCCCCGGACUCAAAAAAUACAUUUACAAAGCCCGAACGGCCAAAUAUUAACCGUGGAUCACCAAAUCCAUUCCUAAUAGCGAUAUUAAUUCCAUUUAGCCCUGCGGACGUCGAGUCUCCAGUGAUUUCUGUGAAGGAAACAUACUAGACGGUCUGUAAGAAGUUAUUCUUGGUGCUGUUUCGAGGAAAAUUUCAUUUUAAAUCAAAGAUGACUGCAGAAGAGGUGGUGAAUGAAGGCUGUAGCAUCUCCAUCGAGGGUGAAGACAUCACCCCGAAGAAAGAUGGAGGUGUUUUAAAGAUGGUCAAGAAGGAGGGCACAGGCACUGAGUUGCCUAUGACUGGUGAUAAAGUAUUUGUACACUAUGUUGGGACGCUGCUUGAUGGCACGCAGUUUGACUCCAGUCGUGAUCGAGGAGAGAAGUUCUCCUUUGAGCUGGGCAAAGGUCAGGUGAUCAAAGCAUGGGACAUCGGUGUGGCCACGAUGAAGAUUGGCGAGAUCUGCCAACUGAUUUGCAAACCUGAGUAUGCCUAUGGAGCCGCUGGCAGCCCACCCAAAAUCCCACCCAACGCUACUCUUGUGUUCCAGGUGGAGUUGUUUGAGUUUAACGGGGAGGACAUCACAGGUGAAGAAGAUGGUGGGAUUAUUCGCAGGAUCAUCACUAAGGGAGAGGGUUACACAAAGCCUAAUGAGGGUGCAUCUGUGGAAGUGUGGUUGGAGGGCUGUCACGAGGAACGUGUUUUCGACGAGCGUGAGCUGAAGUUUGAGGUGGGAGAUGGAGAGAGUUUGGGUCUGCCUCCAGGUGUGGAGAGAGCCCUGCAGGCUAUGGAACAGGGAGAAGAGGCGCUCUUCACCAUCAAACCAAAGUAUGGCUUUGGAACAGCUGGCAGCAACAAAUUCAACAUCCCACCUAAUGCUACACUGCAGUACAAAAUCAAAUUGAAAGCAUUUGAGAAGGCAAAAGAAUCCUGGGAGAUGAACACGAUUGAGAAACUAGAACAGAGUGCCAUCGUCAAAGAAAAGGGAACUCAGUAUUUUAAGGAGGGGAAAUACAAGCAGGCAGUCAUGCAAUACAAACGCAUUGUGUCCUGGUUGGAGCACGAAUCUAGUAUGCAGCCGGACGAGGAAGAGAAAGCCAAAGCUCUGCGAUUGGCUGCUCAUCUCAACCUAGCUAUGUGCUACCUAAAGCUGCAGGAACCAAAUCCUGCCCUCGAGAACUGUGACAAGGCACUGGAGCUGGAUGCAAAUAACGAGAAGGCUUUGUUUAGGCGAGGAGAGGCACUGAUUGUCAUGAAGGAGUUUGACCGAGCGAGAGCAGACUUCCAGCGGGUCAUUCAGUUGUAUCCAGCCAAUAAGGCCGCAAAGAGCCAGAUUGUGCUCUGCCAGAAACAUAUCAAAGAGCAACAUGAGAAGGACAAACGCCUCUAUGCCAACAUGUUCCAGAAGUUCGCUGAGAGAGAUGCCAAUAAAGAGUCAGAUCAAGGAAAGGAGCAGGAAAAGAAAGAGAAUGGAAGUGCAGUUGAAAUAGAUGAAAACGGAGCCCAGGAACAAACUGCAGCAUAAUAGCGUGCUUGUGUGUGUGUAUGUAUUAUUUACUGUCUUUUGUGUUUUUUUGUGUGUUUUUUUUUAAGAGGAUUUUUUGUACCUUCUAUAAUAUCUGUCCAUCUGAAGCGACUGUUUGUGAGAGUGAGGAAGUGCACUCGCUUUGGUUUCUAAUCUAAUGUAGCAAGUGGUGUUCGCUUUUGUACUGUGGCCAGACCCUUGUGUCCAGGUGUGCACUCACAUAUGAUUGCACAUGUGUAUGAAUGUUUGCGUGCGAUACUGUAAGGCAGCUAGUCGGCCUGGCCAUGUUCUCUGCUGCAUCUCUCUAAGAUAUGGUGGAAAUAAAGCAAACUCGUUCUUUGUCUGUAGCCUGUACUGCAGCCUCUUGCGUGGGUGCAAUACCGUCGCUGCUCCUUAGAAACUCUUGAGUUGCACUGCUGUACAAUAAAGCGCUUUUCUGUCCUGUCACUAAACUUCAUGUAAAGUGCAUGGAAAUUAUCGGCACGGCAAAAAAGACUGUUUUGAUUUCUUUGACUUGUAAACAUUUGAUUAGUUUUCCCCCCCCUUUUUUUAAAGAACAUCUUUCCACUGUUAAAUUCUUCAUGUUUAAUGUGUCAUAACUGGAAGCAUUUCGGGAACAUAGGGAAUCUCUGCUGAAGUCUUGCAAGAAUUUUAGAGGAGAAACAACGCAACUUUCCUGUGAAGAAU